UUUUUUUUUUUUGUACAUUUGCAGAUCCAUUAGUUCUUUCAUUUGCCGAAUCUUCGCCCAGCUGUCGUUUACACAUCAAUCUUUGUAUUUAUCUUUUAUUUAAUUGAACAAUCCCCCGUGGCCUUCAUUUACGUCUAUUAUUCUUUCAAAGACAAUCUAUCCUCUCACUUUCACUCACUUUCACUCACUUUCACCACCUUCACUGCUAUAGUCUCUCACACGCAGUAACACUCCAUACGGAACACUUCCUCAGACUUUCUCUUUUUUCGUUUCGUUCACAAUAAUGACCCCUCCUCCUCCUGGUUUGCGUGUCAUCAUUGUUGGAGGUGGUUUAGCUGGUCUAGUCAUGGGGAUCAUGCUCGAUCAGGCUGGGAUCGACUAUCAUAUCCUGGAGCAGGCCUCAAGACUUCGUCCACUUGGCACCUCCAUUUCACUCCACCCCGUCAUCAUGGAUCUGAUGGCUCAGCUUGGUUUGCUCGAAGAUAUGCAGAAAAUGUCUAAACCACUCAGAGGUAUUUCCGUUCUCUCUGCCAAUGGUCGCAAAAUGGGACGCAUUGACACUCGAACCAACAAACGAAGGCAUCACCAUCAAGCGAUGGUAAUGAGCAGACCAGAUCUGCACGAAUAUCUCCUUUCAAAAAUCCCGCCUGGGAAGCUGACAACAGGCAAGCGCGUUAUCGAUAUUACUGAAACCCAGCAAGAUGUCACAGUGACCUGCAUGGACGAGACGACUUAUGUGGGUCAUAUUGUCGUCGGAGCAGACGGCGCUUACAGCGCAACCCGCCAGAUUAUGUACAAGAAACUGAAAGAGCGUGGGAUUUUGCCAGAGUCUGACACCAAGCCAUUACACUUUGAUAAACAAUGCGUCGUAGGCAUGACAUCUCCACUCGACCCUGCAAAGUAUCCAGUGCUCUUGGAUGACUCGUGCGAAGUCAAAGUCCUACUUGGCAAGGAUCAACAUACUUCUAUGUGGAUCUUACCAUUACAAGGAAACAGACUGGCCUGGUGUGUAGGCGGUCCAGACCCUCAUUUGAUUCAGAAUGACGAUGGGGACCAUAGUAGUCAUGGAAGUGGCUCUCGAAGCGGUCGCGACUGGUAUCCCGAGACAGCAGUUGAAAUUUGCGAGGAUGUCCGUAAUUUCAAAUGUCCAUACGGUGGAUCAGUCAUGGACUUGAUUGAGUCUACGCCCAAGGGCCUAGUUUCGAAAGUUCUCUUGGAAGAGAAGAUGUACCGCACUUGGUACAACGGUCGCGUAGUCCUUGUUGGUGAUGCUUGUCAUAAGAUCGUUCCUUUCUUUGGCCAAGGCGCAUCACAAGCAAUCCUUGACUGUGCUUGCCUGGUUAACAUGUUCUAUGACCUUACCUCCAACACCACGUCGAGUUUUACUACGAUUUUUCAGCGAUAUGUUGAUAUGCGGGCCGAGACUGCCAAGGUCGCCUCGGAUAGUUCACGAGAGUUUGCGGAUCUCAUUUACGAACAGGGCUUCAAAGCGGAUGUCGCACGAAACAUUGUGCUGCGUUUUACGCCAACUUGGUUACUACGCAUGAUUACCGGCACUAUCAAUUCCAAUCGUCCCAAUCUCAAGUUUUUGCCUCUUCCCAAGCACUAACAUCUCAUGACUUAAGGCAUACGAACAAUUAUAAUCAUCAUUUAUUUAUUUAUUUUUUUUAAAGAAAAAAAAAAAGGACUUCACCUUUUUUUAAAUAUUUUCAUGUCACAAUCGUUCAUAUUUUCUCUAACUCGUACAUAACAUAGACUUUUCCUUUAAUUCUCAUCCAUUGUUACGCCCAUCUAUAUGAUAAUAUCUAGCAUUUUAAAUAAAUUUAUGAAAUAGCAUCGU